AUGAAGGCCCGUGAAAGUAGAAGAUGUGGGACCAUGAAUUUAAAACGUCCGUUUUUAUUGUUUCCCGUGCCGAUGCGCGCUCUGAACGGAAGGGCCACCACAGAUAGCCGUUACUAUACGUCCUACUGUCUCUGGAACAUUGAAUUUCAGAGCAAACAUGCCUUGAAUCCGCAGUGUAAAGAUCAAGAAAAAGAUUUAGUAACAUAUCUUAUGAAGCAGAACUGUCAAAUCGCUCUUGUGAAGUAG